AUGCCUUGGAGUCCAGUAAACGAUAAAAAAUACGAGCGCGCGGUCGGCGAGAAUGAAACAUUCAUUAAAAUACUCGGCGAUGCCUCGCAUCCCCUCAACCGGGAGCACUGGUCGAUUAAUGCUGUUGCCGCAAUCACUCCGCUAGGCUCGUUCGCCCAGGAAGACUUGUGUUUGGUCUUGCGCGAUGCCUGGAAAGCGUUGCGUUUCCAUCAUCCCACAAUUGCCGCCUACAUUGUGGACGAGAGAUACGUCUAUGAUGUCCCCGACGGCGUGGCGCUCGAAAAAUGGGCGUCGGAAACCUUUCAAGUGAUUGAGGAUAAGACGGCAGAUGAAGUUAUCGCAUCGACUGCUACCCUUUGUCCUUAUGCGACAGUGACAUAUCUUCCCCAGACGGGUGAGGUACUGCUCCACACGCAACACUGGCGAACAGAUGGCGUUGGCGUGUUUAUUCUCUUGGACGAGUUCCUUGCCCUAGUGGCUCAAUCUCCUGUCGAUGUGUCCUCCCUUCCAUGGGGUGAAGAAACUGCCCGGUUGGCACCCUCCAUUGAAGAAGCAGCUGGUAUUUCUCUUAAUCCAUCAGAAGAAGACAAACGAAUAGGCCAGCAGUGUGUUGCAAGUUUCGGCCAUGCCGUUGGAGCUGUUGGGACUGUCUCUCGCGCCCCCCUUGAGACUCAACCAGGCGGUACACGUAGUGCUCGUCUUUUCUUUACCGAAGAAGAGACCAAAACCGUGAUACAGGCUUGCAAAAGCCAAAACAUUUCCGUGACAUCAGCUGUACAUGCCUCAGUUGCUGCAGCCAACUAUGCACUGGCUGGUCCUGAAGAUCAAAAAAAGCAUUACACCAGUACCAUCCGCUACAGUUUCCGCCGUUUUCUACCAAAACCGUAUUCUGGCCGCGAGUAUGCCAGCACCAUAUUUACUACGGGGUGGAUGUUUCCUGUUUCGGCCGAUUCCUCGUGGACAGAGCGGGCAAGAGCAUAUCAUGACGAGUAUCACAAGGGUCUUAGCCCGGAUUUCAUCUCGGCGCAUCGCGAAUAUGCGAUCGGACUCUGCAAUCUUCUUCGGAGUCUGCCGGUGGGAGCUCCGUCACCGACGGAUGUAGACAUCAGCAGUCUGGGUGUGCUCGAGAACUUCGUGGCUAGGGAGAGGGGAACUGCAGAGCGAGGGAUCCGCAUUGGCCAAUUGUCCCUGGGGCUAGAUAUGGUGAACCGCCAGUGUGGGUGCUAUGUAUGGACCUUUCGAGAUCAGCUGUGCUUGAACUUGGUAUAUAAUGAGGCCUUUUACGACAAGGCAAGUAUGGAUAGCUUUAUAGAGAUCGUCAAGGAUUCUCUGCUCCGGGAAUUGACUUCUUAG